AAAGCUUUGCUCGUCCACUUCCUCCCGAACAAACAGCUACAGCACCAGCUCUGGUUCGCAUUUGCGGUGGACGUGACGGAUUCCCAAUGCGAAUCCACCAAUGGCCCCUACUGGUCCGGUGCCAGCUGGGAGACGUGCUGCAAGAAGCUGGUGCAGGUCCAAAACAAGGCGCGCGGGGGCAGCUGGACGCAGACGCAGAUGGACAGUUGGUUCAACUCGGGGGACGAUAAUUUUUGGAAAUUCACGCUGAGGGACUUCGAUGCCAACGUGGAUUUCGGCGACCUGAUGCGGCGGGCAAAGUGCAAACCAAGGUGGUCCGAGUGCCCGGUAGCGGACGUCCCGGCGCCCACUUCCUGCUCGUACCCGAACCCGGACUCGGGCAACUGCACGGCCUGCGUCGCCGUGCAGGACCGGCUUCGGUGUGGCGUCUCCACACCGUCCGCCACCACGACGCCCAUUCCGAGCUUCCUGCGGGCGUCGUCGCCGGACUACAUCGGGACCGACUACGUCGUUCCCACGAUCCACACGCCCGGGCUCGCCUUUCUCUCUGAAACGUGUUUCGCCAAAAUUCGCUGGGCGGCCAGCAGCGGCAAGGUGCACGCCAACGCGGACACGUGGUUCGACGGGUUCGCCGCCGCCACCGGUCAGGGCCUGGUGAACGCGACGAUGGAAGAUUUCCAGCGGUACUACAAGUGCCGGCCGGACAAGGACGCCGCGCAGUGCGGGCCGAGCGGGGUGGACUUUCCCGCGGUGUGCUCCGUGCCGCCCUGCGACAACUGUGAGCCGGGAGAUGUUCUUAAACCGAUUUCCUACAAUUUAUUUACCCGCGGCCGGGGUGUGGAUAAGGUGGAAAUAUUGAAGAUUCUGCAUUCGAAGUACUACCUGGAAGAAAUACCCGGAAGUGCCUCGCACGACGGCGCGCGCGUGAUCUACGACGAGGUCACCGAGGCCGCGCAGCUUCCGAGUAGAUAUUUCCUGUAUGGCGACCCUUCACAGGGCCUGAACGUCACGAACCUCCCGAAGCACGUGCAGGAGUGGGACACGAGUGUCGACAUUCUGUGGAACGCCUGGCUGUUUUGGAACCAGUUUCGGUCCCCGACCUUGGGCGUGGUCAUCGGCAACCCGGGGCAGGCCACCUACUGGCCGGAGACCGGGCUCAAAGCGGUAAAAAACGGCGGCUCCUACGCCUCGCACGCGCAGGCCAUGACGAAGCUGAGCAGCUCCGCCUCGGUCGGGUGGGGCUUGAUGCUCGACGCGCUCAUGCACGAGAUUGGGCUGCUGAGUCGCACCAUGGCGGUCGCGCGGUCGCUGCAGACGUUGCGGGUGUUACUGCUGAAGUGGCCCCGGGAGCCUUACCACGGGUUUCUGAACCACUUCGCCGGCUGGACCGAGUCCGAUCCGUACACCUUAACGCCGCAAUCGGAGUACAGCACCGUGGACACCGCGAUCGCCGUGAUGGGCGCGCUUUUGGGCGCGCUUUGGGCGGGGAACUACUGGCACGCCAAAAGUCAGGACCGCUCGACCUUGACCGCAAGCGAAAUCUCGUUGGGCCUGGACGUCUACGAGUUGUCGCGAAAACUGUACGCCAUCGUGGACUUCACGAAGAGCGUCGACGAGGGCGACUUCGAGAGCGAUUUAUUACGGCACGACAAACCCUACGCCCCCUGCGGCUACUUGCAAAUGGUCUCAGACGCGGACAGCAAUACGGAACAACCUGGCACUAUUAAGGGGAAAAACCCCCCCUCCCCAUAUUGAAAAGGUAAGUUUCCAAAAAUUUGUGUUGCGGAUUUGAGGUCACAAAUCACAUCUGUCUUGCAAGCAGACAAGGGCAGAAGCUUCCGCCCCAUUAUGGAAGCGAUUUGUCAUGCUGUUGGGCCUAAAGGGGGUCCGUUUCCCAUGCUGAACUGCUAGACCCAUACGCCCCUACCUAGCCUGGGGAUCUGGCCGCAGUGCCUCUCUGCAAUACAAAGCUGAAUUGUGGCCGCAAAUCAGCAUCACAAAUUUCCGCUUUGAUAUGGGGAGGGGGGAUUUUUCAUUUGGGUAGGCACCAUGAGCACGCCGCUGGGCGCGUACAACGAGUAUUUUCUCGUCGCCUACCUAUCCGGCCUGAAAUCCCGCGACCGCGCGAAGAACCUGCUCACAGUAGGGGGAAAUAACAAUAAUUACUUACACGUUUCCCGAGAUGAACCACGGGAACGACAGGCUGCGGGGGUGGCGCCACUACGUGUAUGCUUACGGGGGGACAACCAGAAUAUGGACACCGCCGUCCCGAAGUUUGCGUGGAAAACCACGGGAGGCCCCUCCAAGGCGUGCCUGACCAACCCGCAACUCCCCUGUUCCGAAUUCGACGACACAAAGUGGUACCCGCCCUCGUUCACGGCCCAAUUUCCCUGGUUUUUGGCCCGGGGGUUUCACGACUACAAACAAUACGCGGAGAGGUUGUACGUGCAGUACAUGCGGCAGGACAUGCGGUACUCCUACCGCGCGUCCACGGACAGCAGCGUUGUCGCCUCCGGCGAGCCCACCGUGUGGGGGCAGAACGUGAAGGGCAAGCUGUGGGGCUGCGGCGCCGGCGGCAAGACCCCGGGAACGACCACGUUUCCCGAAGAGUCCGGGUACCACGUGACGGACGUCAACAAAAACCCACACUUGUGGUUCAGCCUGCCCAUCAUGGGCGGGUACCUGACGGCCGCGGAGGCGGCCGACCGCAUAGUGCACGAGUUCGACAAAACCAAUAACGACCCCGGCACCCCCAACCACAACACGACGACCUACCGCGACGGCAUCAACACCCAACUGCUGGAUUUAUGGCAGACCAAGACCUGUUACUACGGCGGGGAAACGCUCGGCGGGCUGCCGGCGUACUCGCCCGGCUGGUGUUCGCCCCAUCCGGAACUGAACACCUGGAAAGACACGCGGCCCACGAGCGUAGACUGGGCGACCUUUCUGCUCGGCUUCGCGACGAACUUUCUCCCCGAGGGCUUUUUCCUGCAGUUCUACGCGACUACUGAGAAAGGUUUGCGUGCGACGGUGGUGAAGAAAAGUGUAGUGCUUGCUGGUGCAGCAAGAACUCCCAUGCCUUCGCCAACAGAGCCAACACGGGCCCCCAAUGCAACAAGCCUGAGUCCGAGAAGUGCAAAUCUGACGCUGACACCGUCGCCUUCGCCAGGUAGUUCUUCUUUCUCCGUCACUACGACCCCGACCACCACAACUCCGGCGGAGCCGGUAAUAUCGGAAAGGACUUCAUCGGAUUAUUCCACGGGUGAUGACACCAGCACAGCGACAGCCACUGCCACCUCCACCACUACUACAACCGGUAAAGACACUACCGCAGAUCAACAAGAAUCAGACCGAGAACCACAAACAGUGACGAAGCACACGACGGAAGUUGCCCUGUCGAUUGAGCUUCCCCCGAGUAUGACGCCCGGGGAGAAGACGAUGGUGAAGACCGCCAUUUCCACUGCCCUCCACGAAUCCUUCUGCGGACCCUAUCAACUGUAAAAAUGUCUGGGUCUGGAAACUUGUGAUGCUGGGUGGCGUCGCAUGAUGAGGCUACAGAUGCUGGCCCAGCAUGACAACUAUCUGAGUUCCUAGGUGUUGCCUAUUCUGCAUGACAAACUGCGCUUCUGCAUCACAGAAAAACGGAGCUCUUGGGUAACGUGCGUGACAGAUUUAAGAGUCAUGCCAGACAAGCAUGACAAACAUGAACUCUUCCAUACCCAGACAUUUUUACAAUCCAUAGACCCGUCAUGGGCACAUUGAAGCCGUUUUCGAGUCUGGCUAAUUGCAAAUCAACCGCCGGCGAAAACGGGGUAAGUACGUCGAUGACAAUGUCCUGGUCGGGGCUCUUGGCUACGAGACCCCUUCGGCAGCGGAACAAUCGUAGAAAUCUGGCAGCCGUCGUCCCGGUGAGCGCGCAGUUUGAAAUUUCCUCUACCGACGCUGGCAAAAUCACGCCCGGUUCUUGCAGCAGCAGCUGCGCCGUCGACCUCUGGUACAACUAGCGGGAUAAUAUCUUCAGCGACCUUAUCCACCGCCUCUAUCGCCGCAGCCGUGACGUCCAGUAUCACCACGGCCGUUGCGGGGACGUCAUUGGCCUCACACAACUUCACGACGACAGUCUUCAGUUUGACCGUGCCAACAAGUACAUCAACCACCACGGUCGUGGCGAGCGCAGCAGGUGGAGUGCAGGAGGCAAAGGAGACCACGGAGUCCCCUGCUUCGCUGGUCGUCGGGGCGAUAAUGGGUAGCAUUAUCGGGAUUGGCGUUUUGCUUCUUGUCUUCUUUUGCUUGUGGAACCACAAGGACGAAAGAGUUCACGAUGCGGAGGCAGGGGCAAUAGAGAUGGCGCGUGGGAAAGACGGAAUGGUGCAGAGCGAGGACCUUGAAAACAAGAUUACUCCUUCUGCUGUCGACAGUGAUAUUGAGGUGGAACCCGCAAGUAAUGCAUCUUAUCAAAUCAAAAGGAGAUCACCAGGAGGACUUCUCCGCUCUUUCUUCUGAUUUUAGUGGCGCUUAGUAUUCUUUGUUUCCGUACACUACGACUUUUGUUUCGCUUUCGCUCGAAAGAGCUAACCCACUGUACCUAGUGAGCGACGCCGUUUUUCUUUCACGUGUAUUAUGCAUUGACACGAAGCUUGAAUACACACCGAAAGUAAGCCAGGAGCUGCACGCAUGUAUGAUAUCUAUGAAAUGGUUGGUCUGAUUGUUGAUCUUGAUGAUAUGACACGCAAAACGCGAAGCCAAAACUUGAUAAGUACUUACAUUCAUUCACUCUGCUUGCCACCUCCUGCAAAAGGAAUUGACACCACAGCUUCUUAAUAAAGUGCGCCAUUAGUUACUACAACUUACCUCCCGUUAAGGGAAAGGAAGCAGACGAGGAAACACUGCUACUGCAUAUCUUUCUCCUGUAGUUUUCCCCUGACUUGUCGGUCCAGUAACCGUGAGACUCUAAACAAACAACAGAACCGCACUUGUUGUCCGUCAGAAACUCGUCCGUAAUAUUCCUCGGUCUUUUAU